AAACAGUUCACUGCUAUUUUAGAAGCCUGUGAAACAGACCGAGAUCAAGGGGAAACACACAUUUCCUUUACAUUCAGCGACUUGUUCAACUCCGCCAUCUGGACAUCUUUCUGUCUUGGGCAGUCCAAUUAAGUACAAAGUCAGCCCAUGGAGACAGCCUAGUCAAGAUGGAGAUGAUUGGAUAAUUCCACCAAACACACUGGGAUACCACUGUGCUCUAUGCUCCAGGGCUAUGACAGUGGCAAACCAAUAUUCUAAACAUGCAAUUUGAGAACAAUGACCUUGUGAACCUGCAACCCCUGGAGUUCAGAAUAGGGGCAAUCAUCUUUUACAGCAUUCUUUUCCUAAUUGGGCUGGCUGUUAACAUGACCGCUAUCUGGGUCUUCAGCUGCACUACCAAAAAAGGCACGUCUGUCAACAUAUAUAUGACAAAUGUUGCUCUGUUGGACCUCAUCUUCGUAAUAUUAUUGCCUUUCCGUAUGAUAUACUAUGGGAAGAAUUAUUGGCCGUUUGGUGAUGUCUUCUGCCGUAUCAACGCUGCCCUCACGAUAUUUUACCCCAGCAUUGCUCUGUGGCUUUUAGCCUUCAUCAGUGUUGAUCGUUACAUGGCAGUGGUCCAACCCAAACAUAGCAAGGAACUACGCCAUAUUGGCAAAGCUGCAGCAAGCUGUAUCGGAAUCUGGAUAAUGACCAUUGUCUCUGUUUUGCCAUUUAUGUUUCCAAAGAACGAUCCAGACAAGGUGUCAAACUUCACAACCUGCCUAAAAAUGCUCGAUAUCAUACACCUCAAAGAAGCAAACAGUGUGAACUUUAUCCGGGUGAUUUUCUUUUUUCUCCUGCCCCUUUUCAUUAUGAUCGGUUGUUACUGCAUCAUUAUCAACAGUCUUCUUAAAGGAAAAACAUCUAAACUGAAGCCAAAAACUAAAGAAAAAUCUAUCAAAAUAAUUGUGACACUCAUUGUUCAAGUGCUAGUUUGUUUCGUUCCCUAUCAUAUCUGUUUUGUUUUAUUAUUGCUGCAAAGCGGCCACACUGAUUUCAAUCCCUGGGCUGCCUUCACUACAUUCUUGAUGAAUCUCAGCACUUGCCUUGACAUAAUUCUGUAUUACAUAGUGUCAAAGCACUUUCAGGCCAGAGUUAUCAGUGUCAUCUACUAUCGGAACUAUCUGCGGAGCGUACGACGGAAAAGCUUUAGAACUGGGAGCUUCCGUUCAUUAAGCAACAUCAACAUCAGUGACAUGUAAAUAAUUAAAGGCAAUGAGACACACCUUUAAUCCAAAUGAGAAAAUUGAAAAACAUUUGCAUUUACAUUA